GUUGUCUGCUUGUUUUUUCUUUUAAAUAAAGUUUUUUCAAUUUAAACAAGAUGGUGGCACCCGGUAGCUCGUUCAUGUGUUUGGAUGCAUGGUAAAGAUAUUUUCACGUUGAGGAAAUUCUAAUAAAAAUACACUCUUUUCUGCGGUAACGAACAGUGAAGAAAUGUCUACGCCAGGCAAGUCAGGCAGCAAAAAGGCCAAAAUAAAAGCUAUUCCACCCAAAACCUCCUUCUCCUGCCCUUUCACACAGCAUUGGAGACCACUUCCUCAACAAGACACACAUUUCAUCCUGGCUACCUUAAAAGAAAAACUAACUUCAAUGGGUUUAGAAAAGAAAGAGCCAAAAGUGUUUCGCCAAUGGAAGAAAAAAAGCAGAGGUAAAACUCCCUCAUCUAGGUCAGAUCCUGUCCCAAAGGCGAGCCAAGACCUGGAUAAGAAGGAUUCUCCUAAGGGUGGCUGGACAGAUGUAGUGGCGAGAAGACAACUAGCUGUGGGCAUCAAUGAGGUUACCAAAGCUCUGGAGAGGAACCAACUCAAACUGGUUUUAGUGUGCAAGUCUGUCAAGCCAAAGCACAUGACUCAUCACCUGAUAGCGCUGAGCGCCACAAGAGAAAUCCCUGCCUGCCAGGUGCCCCGGCUAAGCGAGAGUGUGGCACAACAGCUGGGCCUGAAGAGUGUCCUAGCAUUGGGGUUCAGGAGUGAAGGUUUUACUGACACCGUGGAGGCCAUCAUACCCAAGGUUCCCUCAAUCAAUGUUGCCUGGCUACAAGGUGAGACUGCGAGUGUGGCAUCACAACCGGAGAGAAGCAAGAGAGCGAGCCAGAAAAGAAAACUGGACCCUGAAUGUGAAGAGUCUGCCUCAUCCUUCACACUGCACCCACUUACAGUGAAAAGAAUAGUUCCCAACCCUGCAAAAAAGAGAAAGCUGAAAGCAAAGCAAGGCAAAUAAAUUCCUAUAAGUUUGUUUGUCGCCAUUUUACCGUAUGUGUCAGGGUAGAAGUCUUUUUCGUUAGCCCACACAAGUAAGGUGGAAAAAUACUACUUUUGAUACUUUAAUCAAAAGCAGAACGUUGCUUGUGUGUUGUGUUUGUGUCAAUAAUACGGGAGAGCAGCAGGUGUGUUAGAAGGUGGAAAAAUGCCAGCACUGUCAGGAGAGCAGCAGGUGUGUUGGAAGGUGGAACAAUGCCAGCACUGUGUGAAAGGAGUAUUUCUCCAAAAGGUUGAAGAUUGCAGAGUCAACAUUGUCCUCUCCAUCCAGUUUUGGUGCCAUUCAUACUUAACAGUAACAGGAAUAGAGACCGCACAAACAUAGUAUGGUGGAAAAAUACAUACGUAUUUGGAUUCUGCAUUCAAAGGCAGAAAAAUAGCAAGUUUCAAUGCAGGGAUCGUGAGCUACCACCAAUGGGUCAAAUACAAUUUGCUUCAAUUUUUAUAUUUAUAACUGUUAAAUUCAGAGGUUAAACAGAUAAUUUCCAAUGUUAUUUUUUCAUUUGAAACCCCAACAAAGAAGUUAAGUUAAAGUUAAAGUACCAAUGAUUUGUGGUAUGACUUUAAAGUAUGAGUGGCAAUGAUGUAUUUUGCGAUUUUCAAGCAACACCAAAACUUUUCUGUGACGGGUAACAUGUAAAAAAAAAUGCUCCUUGAUGAUUUUGUAAAGUGAAUUUAUUCAAAUGUCCAUGCUGGUAUAGGCGGUGUGUGCGUUGAAACAGAUUAUUUGCAUGGGCUCAUGUUGUGUAAAUGAUGCUGGUACAAGUCCUUCCAUCUUUCUCACAUCUUACAAUGGAUUUGAAUAAAAAUAUUGGCCUUCAGUUUGAUAAAGCUGU